GUGAUCACCAUGGAGUACAGGAGAGCCUGCAUCCUCUUAUGUCUCUUCUGCUUUGUCCAGGUCACUUUGCAACAGAAUGGCAAAAAAAAUAAGCAGAACAAUAAAGAUGUGGUUAGCAUGAAAAUGUAUGAGGAUUUAAAAAAGAAAGUUCAGAACAUCGAAGAAGACGUUAUUCACCUUAAGGAACAGCAGGCACUGCAGACCAUUUGCUUGAAAGGGAUGAAGAUCUACAACAAAUGUUUCCUGGCUUUCAAUGAGUUAAAGACCUAUCACCAGGCCAGCGAUGUGUGCUUUGCUCAAGGGGGAACCCUGAGUACUCCAGAGACUGGAGAUGAGAAUGACUCCUUGUAUGAUUAUGUGCGCAAGAGCAUUGGCUCCAGUGCUGAGAUAUGGAUUGGCAUCAAUGACAUGGCGACAGAGGGGACCUGGCUAGAUCUCACUGGAAGCCCCAUAUCCUUUAAACACUGGGAGACUGAAAUCACUACACAGCCUGAUGGGGGAAAGCAGGAGAACUGUGCGGCAUUGUCGGCCUCAGCUAUUGGCAGGUGGUUUGACAAAAACUGCAAAACAGAACUACCUUUUGUGUGUCAGUUUUCUAUUGUUUAGGUGCUAGCCAUAUUUCGCUUAUUUACCAACAGUUGUGAAAAUAUAGAACAAUUUAUAUGCUCUGUUGCUUCAAAGAAAACCCAGAAAUAAGGCUUAUUCUAGUCUGUCAAAGCAGCAUCUCUAUUUGCUCCCAAAACAGGGAACAUUAAUAUUUUUAUAUCAUGUAUAUAUAUAUAUAUAUAUGCCAAAUUUUACAGCUAUCUAUAAUGUAUAUGGCCUUCAUACAAAUAAUUCAUGUCACGUUACAGCUAUCAAUUAUACGUAUAUCAGAUUGAAACAAUAAAGUUUCUCUCCCA